AACAGCGUCUGAAAGAGUCUGAUGAAAUAUUUCAGAGAAUACAAAAACACGAUUUUCUUUAAAAUAACGAUUCGUUGUGACACUAUGUAUUAUAUAUAGUUUACAUUCAUAUGAGUUUAGGGAAGUGAUUAUAUGUUACGGCACUGAAAUUAAAGGGCACUGAUGGCUUCUGGAGGAGACAAUCCACAGCUUCCACGUGGGCUAAUUGGAAGAACAGGAACACCCAGUGGAAAAGGGACAAGAUUGCCAUCCAUUAAAGGACCAAGGGAUUUAACUCUUGGAGGUGUGCAGAAAAAAGUGUUUGUACCCAAUAUCCCUGCCAGAAGGAACAAACCAAGUGAAAGUAUUGCAAGUGAUUCUGCAUCAGCAUCAACACCAAAGUCCAAUGAUGGCAAACGUCCAAACUCUGGUGGUAGCGGAAGGGGUCGUGAUUCUGGUGACCGGGGUAGAGGCAGGGGUCGAGGUCGAGGCAGGAUGUCAGCAAAUGUUAUACAGACCCAUUCUUUAUUUGAGCAGGGACCAACAGAGAAAAUAAACAAGCCCACUGGAGGUGGAGACUAUGCCUAUUCAGGGGGUGGAAGGGGAGGUUCUUCAAGUUCCAGUCCAAAGAAGUCAGUAAAAAGGGAGAGAACUGAUGAGGAGACAAAAGAAGUUUUAGACAACCUUCUUAGAGAUGAUUUUAUAGCUGGGGGUGGGUUUGAUGAGGAUGAUAUAACUUUGAUGCCUGUCAAACUCCCUAUAGAGAUCAAAACUGAUCCUUCAAUCAAGAAAGAUGAUUACACAAAGGUCAAGGUCAAAUCUGAACCAAUGGAUACUGAUGAGGCCAAUGACAGCGCGAGGGGUGAAGAUCAAAAGACUUCAAAAGAUGAAAUGUGGAAAGGAAAAACAGAGGAGAGACAAAUUACAUGCAGUGAAUUAUUUACAAAUCCUCUCAAAUCAGAGGAGGGUCAGCUGUUGUAUUUCCAGCUACCAGAUAUGUUACCUGGUCUACCUAUUACAACAGAUGAGGACUUUAAAAAGAAGAAAACAGCUGAACAAUCUGAUAAUGAAAAGGAAAGUGAUCUAAACAAGAAGAUGAGUGGAUGUAAUCUAGAUAAUUUUAGUGAAGGUCUUAUUGGGAAGUUGGUUGUCCGAAAGUCAGGGCGUGUACAGCUUAUGUUAGGCUCGACAUACCUAGAUGUUAAUAUGGGCACACCUUGUGGAUUCCUUCAGGAUGUUGCCAGUUUGAGGGUAGAUGGUGACCAUGGUGAUAUAUCAGUGUUAGGACAUAUAGAUCAUAGACUAGUGUGUACACCAGACUUUGAAAUGCUCCUAGAUAGCACUUGAUCAGAUAAUUAUUGUAGAUUUAAGCUUGUUCUAUUCCAAGACAGUAAUACAAAGUCAUUGAGUGACCAUGUAAAGAUAGUGGCACGGUGAUGGUUUUUGGAUGAAUUGUGAUUCUGUUCAGCCAUGUUUUGAGUUAAAAUAAGACAGAAAAAUAGGAAAUUGUCUUGUAUUGUAAACUGUACAUCAGUAACAUUUCUACUGAGAGACAUGUGCAGUCUUGUUAACUUAAGUUUUAUAUACAUUUACACCAGAAAAUGAAAGGGGUUCAUUGUUCUGGUUGCUGUUAUUGAAAUAAAAAAAUGAUGAAGAUCUCA